AAGCCUGCGGACGUCCAUUAAAUAGCCGCUGUGUGAGUGGAGCUCUCGGGUCGUGUUUGGGAGACGGGCUGCGGUGGCUGGAUUUACGGUCUAACGUGCAGCUUUCCUCCGGGGCAGCAUGCCGGUGCUAUUAAGCGUUAGUUACAGUGUAAAUACAGCGCGUGUCUCCGCUGUUUCAGCGCGCUGCUGAACUUCUGCUGCUCGCUCCAACAACUUCGGCCAAAUCCGCCAGAGGAGGAGAAUGCGGCGGGCGGAUCAGCCGCGUCUUUCAGGAGCGGAGUAUUAUUAGCAGCAGUUCAGGCAGUUCAGCAACUGUCUCCGGCAUGUCCCUGCAGAGAUCCCAGAGGAAAUGCUGACUUGAUAUAACUGGAUUUGGUGCUGAAAAAUAAUUAGCUCACAUGCCACGUUUUUAAGGUAUUCAAGCUGUUUCCCAUGCCUGCUGACCCCUCUCUCAACCCCCUCACUCUUGCCAAGCUUAGCUAUGCCUCGUCCUCCCAAACCACAAAGGAAGGUGCAUCCCCCAGCUAAGCGAAAUGUGAGGAAGUUGAGGGCGUCCACUGAUAAAAAGCGAGUAGUAAAUUCAAACAAGCCCAAGGGUCCAGCAACACGUACAAGACAGGCGAAGAGCAGGAAAUCCACAGCCAAGAAACAGGCAACCAAGAAGCUCCAGGCAGGUGCUGCUGAUAGCAAGUCUGCCGUAAAGGCAUCCCAGGAAAGAGCAAGCAGAAGCAAGAACACAUCUAACUCAACAGAAUCUGUGAGAAUCUCCAGACACACGUGUAACUCUCUGUCACAGCAUGACCCGGCUGCAGACCUCAGGAGCAGAACGAGGUCUUUUCGAGGCAGCCCGUUGUUCCAGACUUUCCCACAGGAAGUAAAGCCAACAAGGAGGGCGCCCUCAAGCAGAGGGAGAGGUCAGCAGGCAAGGGAACAGGAUAAUUUCAAAAUCACAGAAUGUAAUGACCCUAAUAGUGAUGAUCAACAAAAGAAAGCACUUGUUACCAAUGGAGAGGCUCAACUUGUUAACAGAAACUCUGAUGAAACAGCAGAGGAGGAGCACAGAGAACCUCUUGUUCACGAGACUCCUGCGGUGGUGGAUGAGGAGGAGGUGGCUGUGGCUGCGGUCACUGCAGAAACAGUGCAAAGUGAAAACUGCCUAGCCUUCAUUGAUAACACUGAACAACCAAGCACAACUAAUGAGUCAGAUGACGCAUUUGUGAAAGAGCAUGACCCAGCUGUUAAAGUGGACUACGUUUGUGAAACUGAUACCUCAGGCCCAACAGAUCCUCCUCCUUCAGACCUUCAGUCUUGUGACGUGGCUAUUCGAAGCACUGUAGACGAUUCUUCUCAACCAGAUGUGUCUGUGGCAUCUCCCGUAUGUGAAAUUCCCAAAGAAUCACCAGCACUUCUGGAAGCUACAGAUGUGAAGUAUGCUGAGAACGGAGAGCUGGACAGCACUGACGACUUAAAGACCAAAGAUGAGAAUUAUGACAAUGACAAUGAUGAGUUUGCAAGCAAGAACGAAGGAGCACUUUCACUCCUCUCACUGAGCACUGGUGCUUAUAGUGGCUUUCUGUCCACUCUCGACUGUGGGCCUUCAACAACAGCAUCACUUGACAGCAGCAAAGUGUCCAGCAGCACAGAUAGCACCCGAUUUUCAUUUGAUACCGAGUCUGAAGCAGGGAGUUUAGAGCUAGCUCUAGAGCACAGAGCUGCUGGUGCUUCUCCUCUGCUGGAUGUGGAUAUAAGGCAGCGCUUACUGCAAGCUCAGGUGAGAAAAGAGAGGAAGAAGAGGAGUAGAUGUGGGGCCUGCGGACCCUGCCUCCUCAAGUACAGCUGUGGGCAGUGCAGCUGCUGCCUAAAUCGAAAGACUGGCCAUCAGAUCUGUAAGCUCAGAAAAUGUGUGAUGCUGAAGAAAAGACCAUGGCAAGUUACAGCUGGAGAGGUGGUGUGCAAGAAUAUUCCCAAAUCACGCAAAAGGAACAGAGUGUCCAAGGUUGACUCAGAGGGCAUCUUAGUAAAUGGCACUAAUUCAGAGCAGAUGGAAGAGACCUGUGUGGUGCCAGAGGAAGAGGCGCGUGACGUAUCUCAAGCACACUCCGCUCCACCUGACUCUCCCACGCCUCUCGGGCACGACACUGAACCAGCACCAGCCGAAAGAGCCCUUCAGCCUGCUGUCAGCCACCAUGCACUUCUUACUCACCAGAGCUCUUUAAGCUCCCACAAUGGUGCUAAUCAUAUGGAACCAAACACUGAGGAUCACAGAGAUCCCACUGACCUGCAGUCUAAGUCUCAAAGGACUGUGAACAUGCCCACCAAAAGCCAGACGCCUGAGGCAAUUCCUGCACAGACAGUUCCUCUGAAGAAGAUCAAGCUAGAAGAGCCUAGCACAGUGUCAGAUCAACACAGCACAUCCUACCUAAGCAGCAGCGACUUCUACCAGGAUGCUUUGUCUACUUUAGCAAAUGUUGUAUGUUCAACCAUCUCUGAUCUGAAGGGUUUGGAGGAGAAGACAGUUGGUCCUCAGACCUCAAAUGCCUGUAAUAUUAAAACUGAAAGAGAAGAAGAACCAUAUCAGAGUCAUUCACAUCAGGAAAGGACUUCUAACAGUCCAGCAGGUGCUGAUAACUCCCAUCCGAAAGACCCAGUUCCGCUGACUAAUAAUAGUGUCCAGUCUUUAGUUGAGCAUAGGAACAUAAGCAUUGAUCAGGCAAUAGCUAUUGAGGCCUUGACCCAGCUGGCAGCUACCCCAAAAUCAGCUCCUGUCAAGGCAGAUUCUAAAGUUCAGGACCCUCCACAAGAAUCUUGUAACAAAUUAGCAAAUGUUUCAUCAAGCAGGCAAAGCCCGGUCCAAGAGGCUAAACCCAUAUCUGAGGUCAUCUCCAAUAAAGUCUCUGUAAUCAAUUCACAUCAGACUUCUGUAAUUUGCAGCCCUCUGAACAGACAGGAAAACCCCACCCACCCCAAACUCUCCUUACAGGAUCUUUUAAUAGCUAGCUCAUAUGAUAAGCUCUUGCAUAGUCCAGAGAAUGGACGAGUAAGUCAAGCACUUUGUAAAACAGAAACGUUAGAUGGCACUUUUAAGACUUUUAAGCAUGUUGAAAGGACGCAGACCUCAAGGAGGAGAGAUGAGGAGGAAGUUGCAGCUCAGUUGGUGCAACUUGCAUUCAUAAUUCAAUCAAGAACCAAUCCCAUGUCUUCUGAGAACAGUCCCCCCAAAGGGAUGCCAGUACAGACCAUAAAAUACAACCAUCAUGUCGUUGGACAAAAUGUAAAAAAGCAACGGAAACCAAGAACAACUCCCUCAAGUCCCAGGAUAUCAAAGAAAAAAGCCUCUGAGGUUGAGGGAGGCAACCAUAGGAUACCACUAGCCAAAAGGACACCCAAUAGCAAACCCCCUUUCAAGACAAAAGCCCAGCAUGUGGCCUUGCAGGAAAAGCCCAAACCACAACCCAAGUGGAGCCCGUUUCUCCCACAGACUCAGAUAGACCUGAAAAAAUACCUAGCACAGGCUCAUCAUGAGAAACAUCAGCUGUUCCAUUUUAGCAGCAAGAGACAAGACUUGGACAUGCAGACUCUCAAGAGUUCCGGAAAUCAGAAAGCUUUUACUUACAAAACAGACCACGCAGCUCUGAGUCAUUCCCAUGUUAACCAAUUCAGAUCCAACGGACAUUGUCACAGUCUCACAAAUGGUCAUCUAGGUGCUACACAUGGCCAGAAGUAUGAAUGUGAAGAACAUUUGAUUUCUCAGGUAUCGAAAACAUACAGUGUGCUAAAUCAUGGUGCUAAUCCACAAGCCCAGUAUGCCAUGCCUAGUGUCCCUGGUGCAGAUCCAUUGCCAGGGAGUCCAGGGAGGUGCCAUAAAGUAAACAGCCUAAGCUGUGAGCCGCGGCAGACUUCCUUUGGUCAGAAUGGACGUUACAAAGUGGACACGGCUGGCGCUGUCACCGUUUUGUCUGUGUCAGCUGGAAACAUGGAAAAUGCUAACACUGAAUCCGUUGAAGAAAACACUCCCACCAAGCAUAUGCUUAACAGCUUUUUGGAAUCUCCGUUGAAGUACUUGGACACUCCAACCAAGAAUCUAAUCAACACACCCUCCAAAAAAACUCCGGAGCUCCCCUCCUGUGACUGUAUGGAGCAAAUCAUUGAAAAAGAGGAGGGUCCAUUCUACACACACCUUGGCUCUGGGCCAACUGUAGCAGCAGUCCGAGAGAUGAUGGAGGACAGGUAUGGGGAGAAGGGCAAAGCAGUGCGUGUGGAAGUUGUAGUUUAUACUGGGAGAGAAGGAAGGAGCUCCCAGGGCUGUCCAAUAGCCAAAUGGGUGAUCCGUCGGGCCAGUGAGGAAGAGAAGCUGCUGUGCCUAGUGCGCCAGCGUGCAGGUCACCGCUGUCAGAGCGCAGUAGUGGUAAUCCUCAUCCUGGCCUGGGAGGGGAUUCCACGCAACAUGGCCGACAGACUGUACCAGGAGCUUACCCAGACCCUCUAUAAAUAUGGCUCGCCCACCAGCCGCCGCUGCGCCCUUAAUGAAGAUCGUACCUGUGCCUGUCAGGGGCUGGACCCAGAUACCUGUGGAGCGUCCUUCUCUUUCGGCUGCUCGUGGAGUAUGUAUUUUAACGGCUGCAAGUUUGCCCGGAGCAAAGUGCCUAGAAAGUUCCGGCUGCAAGGAGACUACCCAGAGGAGGAAGAAAAGAUCGAAAGCAACCUCCUAAAUCUGGCAACUGAUGUUGCACCUUUGUAUAAGAAACUUGCUCCUGAAGCCUAUGAAAACCAGGUGGAGCAGGAGCAGUCAGGGCAAAACUGUCGGCUGGGCAGGAGAGAGGGUCGGCCAUUUUCUGGUGUGACAGCAUGUGUGGACUUUUGUGCUCAUGCUCACAGGGACACACACAACAUGCACAACGGGAGUACUGUGGUAUGCACUUUAACUAAGGAGGAUAACCGUGCUGUAAGAAACAUUCCAGAGGAUGAGCAGCUGCAUGUCCUGCCUCUUUACAAGAUCUCGGAGACUGAUGAGUUCGGUCGUGUGGAGGGUCAGUGGGCUAAGAUACAGACUGGAGCUCUGCAGGUCCUCUCUUCCUUCCCAAGAGAGGUGCGUCUGCAGGCAGAGCCCGUCAAGUCUGCCCGUAAAAGGAGACAAGAGGCCAAGAGAGAGCGAGAGAAGCAGAGAAACCAGGAGAAGAAGCAGGUCACACCAGUGAAAGUGAAGAACGAGCCCCUCAAAGGUUUUAAAAACUCUUCCUCUGAGCUUUCACCGUGUUUCAAAACAGAAGCAUGUUCUCCAACUCCUUAUUGUUCCCCAAUGCGACUACCUAGGACUCCAGACAAGGGGAGCCACUUACUGGACUCGGCCAGUCCUUACAGGAGCACAUCAUGUACUCCUCCAUUAAGCUCUACCAGAGACACAGCAGCACUUUCGUCCUCCCCUCACACCGUCCUCCCUGUGCCACAAUAUCAGAAUGUUGGAGAACUGGAGCAGAGCAAUGAAUCUUCCCUCCUCAGACAGAGACCAGGGUUAGAAGCAGCAAGACACAGCUCCCCUGAGCUCUCAGAACAGAAACCAUUCAGAAACCAGCAGCAGAUGGGCGGAUCUUUGGGUUUCCGUGACAAAUGUUUUGCAGUAAAACCGGAGCCUGAGGAGGUCCGUUGUUUUCAAGGAGGAGCUGCUCCCCGACUGCUCUCCCCUUCCCGGGCUGAGGGUCUCCACAGCCGCCUGAACUUUCGCCAAGCACAGCCGAGCCUGGAUGACCACCACGGGCCGCCGGUCACCCCAAGGCCCCUGACCCCUGAGGAGGUCAAGGCAGAAGAGGUGUGGUCAGACAGCGAGCACAACUUCCUAGAUGGAGACAUAGGCGGGGUCGCGGUGGCCCCCUCUCACGGCUCCAUCCUUAUCGAGUGUGCCCGGCGGGAGCUGCACGCUACCACUCCCAUUCUGCGGCCCAACCGCAGCCAUCCCACCCGAAUCUCUCUGGUCUUCUACCAGCACAAGAGCCUUAACGUGCCUGGUCACGGGCUGCUCCGGUGGGAAGCCAAGAUGGCGGAGAAAGCCAGGGAGAAAGAGGAGGAGGCUAUGCGGCUGGGACUAGAGACGGAAGGUCUUGGGUCAGCUAAGACCAGAAAAUCACAGCCGGCAGCGGGGAGCGACACGGAAAGCGGUGAGGAGGAUGUGUGGCAGGACGAGAGGGAGAAGCUACAGGUCCCUACCCGUCAGUCACUAACAGCUACUCGGGACGGCCUCGUCACAUCAGCCCCCUACUCCCUUACCCGGGUCACCGGGCCUUACAACCGCUGGAUGUGACAGUGGCCAGGGUCACUUUUUUUAGCUAAUGCCUUACCUCAGUCAGCUCUUUCUCUUUUGACACCUGCUCUUUUUUCUUUUCUUUCUUCAUCUCAGCUUUUAAAACAAUGCUGACCACCUGUUCGUCAGUUUUUAAACUGUGAGGUUUGGUGUGUAUACAUGUCUGUUUUUUACUGUAAAGUAACGGUGCUCAGAACAGAUGUUUAAAAACUGGUUUUAUACAAAAAGAUUAAAUUAGUGCAUAGAAGAUGUGACUAUUUAUUCUGAACGUUUUCACUAUUUCAACUAUUUGUAUUUAAUUUCUGGUCCAAGCCUGUUUACUGCAAUAUGACUGUCAGCUUGUAAAUCAUGUGUGUAGGAAACACUCAGAAUUGACAUUUUAAAACGUGAAUUCGAUUGUUUGUUUGUUUGUUUGUUUGUGUUAAUUUGUAUCAUCUUUGGGUGCUUUCUUGUCAAAUAUUCAGUAAUUGCUAUGUUAUGGUGCCAUUGUAGCAGUAAUUUCUUUGAAUAACCACGUACAUACAUUGCUCUUUUAAAGUAUUGUGACACAAUAGUUUAUUGGUUAGACUUAAACAUACAUGUAGCAUUGGUCAUUGGUUUUAUCAUACAGUGAUGUUGGUAAUGAAGGUACAACUACACAUAGAUUCUGGAUUAUGAAAUUAUUCCCGUUAUACAUUGCAAAAAAGCACUUUUAAACAACUUGACUUUCGAGAUGUCCUGUAUGCACAGUUUUUAUUUUUAUUUUUUUAAUCAGUGACCUCCUUCAUCCAAUGUCUGUAUAUAUAUACAUAUAUAUAUAUAAAUAUAUGCUUUGCAUGUAAGUUUCGGAACUCAUCCAUGAUUUUUAACCCAUGCUUAUAAAAGCAAUAAUCAUGGAACGUUUUAUGCUGCAUUUUGAUAAUGUGUCAAAUUGAAAUAAUUUUAUUACUGGAACAUAAAAGAUAUUAUAACUGGUUUCCCAAUUUUUGAGGUUUUUCAACUCCCAAAGAGUUUAAAACAUGACUUGAAACAGCCUUUUAUACAUGAUCAGAUAUGUUAUAUUUUGUCAUUCAAGUGUGCUAAGAUAUGUCUAAACAGUUUUACUGUAUGUUUCUCACUGGUGCUUUAUGAAGACCUACUAUACACACUCCUGAGUUCAGACCAGUUUAUUUUUAUUGCUGCAAAUAUCUUUUUAUUUCAAAUAAAUCAUCCCAUAUCUUACCUUAUUUGUAUUCUUGAUAAAUGGCUGCAUACAGUUUUUUUUUUAAUCAGUGUACAUAUUCUGCUUUUUUGUCAUAUGACAAAAGGAAAAGCCCACUGAUAAAAGUUAGUUUGAGCUUCAUUGUAGACUGGCCUUCUUACAUUCUUUAGGUGCUAAAAUUGUACUGGUGCACUCAAAGUUCAUCUGAGAACUUUGAAGAAGGGUCAUACAAAAAACCCAGUGUGAAUCUACAUAGUGGGCAACUAAAGUCAGUGUAAUUAUUUUAAUUUUAUUUUAAGCUAUACUGACGGAACAUGUGUUUAUAAGACACUGAAAGAUACAUUUCCGAAAUCAAUGAGGAGUACCUGCAUUAACACUGGGCUGCAUUGUUACUCUGUGUAGAGAACAGGAAUUAUUGGUGCUGUUUCAGGGCAUAAACAUGCCUUUGUUGGUUGUUUUUUUUUUUGGCUUUUCCGUGUAUUGUCAGUCAUCUUGAGUCAACUCAAGUGGUUAAUGAUUUUUGAUGAUAAAGACUUGAUAAUUCCUCACAGUAAAACAUUACAAAAAUGUAUUGUUUAUUUAAAAAAGUAAGGAAGUGAAAUUGCACUUACCAACUAGCAAAAUUCAACAUAAAUGCUUAAAGUCAGAUAUUUGUUACACAAAAAAGACAUUUAUGCUACAUUUAAAUUGAAUGACUUAAUUCAAGAUUCAAGAGUUUAUUAAUGAAAGCUCAUUGGCCAUUAUCUUUGCUAUUGUUUUCCUCUUAUUCAAACAUUCUAAUCUUCUCAUACUGUCUUCCUGAUCCAUUUCACAUUUUGGUACAACACAGUUUCCUUUGCAGAUUUAAGAUGAACCUUGUUUUUGAAUGUAAACCAGUAAAAGGCUGUAAACAGUACAGGAUUUUGUGGUGUACCUGUUGUUUAUACCUCUUAGUGUCUUGCUGUAUUUUUAGGGAUUUCUUUGUCAAGAACAGUACAACAACACCAGCUUUUUAGUCACAAAAGAAAUAAAAUUUGUAAAAAGGAAA